AUGUCCGGCCUCGACAUGCGAGCAUACUAUUCCGAAGAAGACCCGUAUUUAUCCAGGUCGUAUAGUCAAAAUGGCAAACACGCCGCCAGUGGGACUUUCGGCGCCAAGGAAGCAGGCUGGGGAAGAUGUGGUGCAGAAGUCCCAACACCUGCUCAACCCGACAAUGAGACUCAGGACACCAAAGUCGAUGGAUGGGAAAUACUUGGACAAAAUGCCCAGAAGAGUGUACAUCUCGAUGUGCUCGGCAUUUACGACCAUACUAACGCUGAUGACAAGGCUGUGAGCCCUGGCUCGAAGUCGAAACCCAACGACAUGGUGAAGUGCAAGACACAUCCUGCCACGAGGCGUCUCGACACCAACAAGGCAUGGGAAAUUGUCCCACAUGAACCGGACUGGGAUAUGGUCAACCGGAAGGAGACUCGCGAAGCGCGAAGGGCAACCAAGCCAGACGCUCCACUGGCCAAAGACUGGGUUAUGUACAAGGAGAGGAUGGAUGCAGAGGCGGACACGUUCGGGGCAUACGACCCUGCGCCAUCGACACCUCAGGGCGAACCCGACAUGCACGAGCCAACAGAAUUCCAGACAAAGCAGGGCGUGGCAGCACCACCGAUAUUCGAGACAAUGGAGCCGGUUUCUCGACUCCCGUGCGAGCGACUCCAUGACUCCCAAGAGCAGGGACCUCAAGCUCAAACUCAAGCUCAACCUCGAGCUAUUCAGACCACGCCCGCAAAGGCGCAACGCAUGCCACAGAAAGACCACCAUUCCUGCCUUUCCCUCGGUGGCCGUCCGACCGGUCAUGCUUCGAAGCACAACCCCUUCAAGCAGCGCCCAUUCUCGGCCGAGGAGAAGGAUCUGCCCUUCCUCCCUCCCCCCUCGCCCUCGCAAGCAGGCACCACGCAAUCUUCCGCAUCAGCGAGACUGGACUAUCCCGAGAUUAUCCGAAAAUUGCGUGCCGCGUCCAUAACGCCGCGAGGCUCUCCCGAACAAAACGCCGUGGCCGCGGUGAGAGAAACAGCUCGGCGUACGGAUGAACGGCUCGCCCGGACAGAGCGCGUCCCUUUCGACUGGUACGGAAUGACUCAUCGCGCAAAUCCCCGUCGGUAUCGGUAG